GCUGUCACCGCCGCUGUCGCUGCCGCUUCUGCUUCUGGUUAGGAAGAUGACGGUGGGGAGAUCUGCCGGGCCGCCCGAUUGCACCGAGUGGAGCCGUGAGAUAUUUCCCCCCAAAUCUUCUUCAGACACUGAGCCAGAAGAUGAGCUGUCUGGAGAAGGGCUGGUUUUGCCCAGAGCUGGAAAACUCCAUGAGUUCCUCAGCCCAGAGGAGGAAACAGAUUCUGCUUCUGACUCCACUGGGAGCUUUUCUAGGACCUUACAGGCUGGAAAGCAGAAAGGCCGGUGGAGUCGGCUGGAGUCUCUGUGUCAGUCUGACCCAGACAGUGGUCAGGAUGGCUCUGAGGAUGAGGAAGACUUAGAGACUUUCUUCCAAGACAAGAGCAGGGGGAAGCCACAGGUCCGGGACCCUCCAUCUCUUCGGUGUGGCUCCAUGAGGCGCUGCAGCUCCAUGACCAGCCUUCCCUGUGACUUUGCCAAGACACAGAACCUGCCAGCCUCAGACUCUGGGCCUCCCUCCCAGCACAGAAGUGUCUGCUCCUGGGCCUCCUCCAUCACUGUCCCUCAGCCCUUCCGCAUGACACUGCGGGAGGCCCAGAAGAAGGCCCGGUGGCUGGCCUCACCUGCCUCCUUUGAGCAGGAGAGGCUGCAGGCCCAGAAACAGGGGCAAGAGGAGUCCGAGUGCUUUCGGCAGUUCCGGGCCCAGCCUGUGCCGGCGCAUGUCUACCUCCCACUCUACCAGGAGAUCGUGGAGCGCAGCGAGGCACAGAGGCGUGCAGGGAUCCAGAAGAGGAAGGAGCUGCUUCUCUCCUCCUUGAAGCCCUUCAGCUUCCAUGAAAGGAAAGAGCAGAAAAGGGAAGCUGCUCCACAGACAGACUCGGCUGCAGUGGCUCAGGCCAAGGUCCCCCCAAAGAAGGCCACUAGAAGGAUCCCCAAGGCUGUUCUGGAACCAGCCCUUGGGGACAAACUCCAGGAAGCAGAGCUCCUCAGGAAAAUUCGAAUCCAGAUGCGAGCCAUGGACAUGCUCAAGAUGGCUUCGUCCCCCAUCAGCACGUCCAGUAGCCAGACUCCCCGCACAGCUACCCGCACCCAGGAGGAAAAGCUGAGCUUUCUACAGACAGAAUUCGGAUUCCAGCCUCGGGUGAACCCUGGGGUCCCUGACUACGAGGGCCUUUACAAGGCUUUCCAGAAAAGAGCUGCCAAGAGAAGGGAGACCCGGGAGACAACACGAAACAAGCCCUUCCUGCUACGGACGGCCAGCCUGCGCCACACUCCACGGCCCUGUGAUGUCGCUACUGCUGAAGGCGGGAAAAAGAGAACCCAGAAGUCCCCUCAGCCAGCCGCUACCCCCUUGUCAAGGAGUCAUUCUCUGAGUGGUCUUGCUUCCUUUUCUGCCAACACCCUCCCUGUGCACAUCACAGAUGCUACCAGGAAGAGGGAGUCUGCAGUCAGAAUGUCACUUGAAAAAAAAGACAUAUCAGACAAGAGCAUUCAGUGGCUGGAGAUGCACAAAAAGAACUGUCAAGCCAUGUCUAAAUCAGUGACCCUGCGGGCUAAAGCCAUGGAUCCCCAUAAAAGCCUGGAAGAGGUGUUCAAAGCGAAGCUGAAAGAGAACCGGAAUAAUGACCGUAAAAGAACAAAGGAAUAUAAGAAAGAAUUGGAGGAGAUGAAGAGAAGAAUACAAACAAGGCCCUAUCUCUUCGAACAAGUUACCAAGGCCCUUGCCAGGAAAGAAGCAGAAGAGCGGUAUCGGGACACCCUGAGGCAGGCUGGCCUGGAGGAAGAGUUUGUGAGAACCAAGAGUCAAGGCACACAGGCUGUGCAAGGCAAGAAGAAAGCCAAAGCCAAGGAUUCUCCUAGAAUCCAUGAUACUAUAAAACUCAGCAUCCAAGAUUCAUGGCAGGAUUUAGAUGACUCUGGACCAGCCUGCUGACCCAUGGAGGAACUGAAGAGCAAUUGCUUGAACAACUAACCAAACUGCUUGUUGAAGCAGUUCGUUCAUCAUUACCACAUCUGAUCAUCAAGCAGCCAACUAGGUGAGGAGCUUGAGUUUAGAGCCAUGGCUACUGUUAGGGAAUGGGAGAAAAUAACAACAGAAAUGGCUUGAAGAGAUGGAAGUAGAGUCGAAAGCGGAGGGGUCCAAGGUUCUUGCUUUGCGCUUGACACUAAGGAGUGGGCACAGAAAACAAGGUAGAAGCCCACACCUAUGGAGUAGGUACAAGAGGAAUGCAGGUAGAAAAACGGGUAGCAAUAAGGAACUAGAGAUCCAGGGCCGCCAGAUCAUACACAUUCUUUUUGUUUUGUUUUGUUUUGUUUUUUUGUUUUUCGAGACAAGGUUUCUCUGUGGCUUUGGAGCCUGUCCUGGAGCUAGCUCUGUAGACCAGGCUGGUCUCGAACCCACAGAGAUCCGCCUGCCUCUAGCAGCCAGAAACCUGGUAUCCUGGUAACCAAACCUUUAGGAAUACUGUGCAUGUAAUAAAACAUAGGUCUCAGUCUACAUCUGCAACCUGACGCACAGGCCCUAACACUAGCAUCUGAUACACAGGAACAGGUCAGUUGUUGUUGUUUGUAGGAUGUCUUCGCACCCCUUGCCUCUACCUACUGUAUGCCCUGCAGCACCCAUUGCCAAAAAUGGCCUCUAGAGGGCAAAAAAGUCCUGGAUUGAACAUCACUGCUGUAGAAAGCAAAGAGAGACUGAUAAUUUUGGAAAAACAAGUAAUUGCUAUGAACUUAGUCUCCAUACUAAAGGAUAAUUAGGCAUGCCAAUAACAAACUCAGAACAGCAGUUCUGUUCUGCCAUUCUUGAGAACACAGCACUAUGUGAAUGUUUGUAACAGCAUAAAAUUCAUUUUACAUAAAACUUCUGAACACUGUGAUUUUGUACUAAUAAGUAAUCUUCGGGAUGUUUUUGUCAAUUAGCUGUGCUGUAGGCAGAUAACAGUUCUCAUGUUAAACCAUUUCUGGGAAAAUUACCAUUUAUUACUGCCAUCAAGACUUAGACGUCAUAUUUUAGACUGAUACUCUGACAAUAGCAAUUUAGGUUUGCCAGUUCUGUUUGCUUGUUUUUUUGUUUUGUUUUUUUAAGUUGAGGUAGCUCCCAUUGUCCUGGAACUCUCUAUGUUCCAGGCUGGCCUUGAACUCAAGAGAUCCAGCUGCCUCUGCCUCCUGUGUGCUAAAAUUAAAGGGGUGCACCACUACCACCAGCUUAGGUUUGCCAGUUCUAAACAGUGGUGUCAGGUUUCUUUCUCUGCAUAGACCAGGCUGGCCUCAAACUCAGAUCUAAUGUCUCUGCCUGCCCAGUGCUGGGAUUAAAGGUGUUCACCACCACCACCUUGUCUGGUUUCCUAAGGCUCCUCAGUUCAGUUUUACCUAUACAGUAUCCUAAAAGCUAGCACCCUAUCUUAUGGUAGUAGUGUUUUUCCUUUUUAAA